GAUAAUAAAAAAGAAUGGACACGUGCAGAAGUGACCGAUUUAAUUGCUUGCUAUGAACAACACCCUUGUUUGUGGAAUGUACUUUCCAAUGAAUAUAAAAAUAAAAUAAUCCCUUUAAAAAAUUAAGUGAAAAAAAUGACUAGAAAAAUCCAUAGCCUCCGGAACCAAUUUAAUACGGAAUUAGAGAAAAUUAACUCUAAAAAAUCAGGACAAGGAAGUGAUGACAAUUAUGAAACAAAAUGGCCUUAUUUCAAAAAUUUAUUGUUUAUAAAAACUAGUUUACAAACACGACAAACAACUGGAAAUAUGGAACAAUGUGAUGAAAGGGAAAAUGCUCUCUCAGCAUCUUUGGAGGAUAUAAAUGAAGAAAGCACGUCUGACUCCAUCAAAGAAAAAAACCAAGAAACCAGUAAGCCGGUGAAAAAGAAAGCGAAGAUAAUAGACGAUAAGGAGGAGUUACUUGCGAAAGCACGAAGCUCACUUUCAAAUGAUGAGUAUGAUAUCUUCGGUUUAUUGCUGGUGAACUUAGGGCAUUGCGUUACGAUUUUUUUAAAAGAAAAUUAAAGAGAGGGAUUCAGAAACUCGCUUUGGAAAUUACAGAGGAGGAUGAAGAAAUAAGUUCCUUGGUACAAUUUUCAAAUACCCCAUCGACUUCCACUACAUCAACUUUUGACUACAAUCCUCCAUCCAAUUUAAGUCAGAGCUCUGUGUAUACUGUGCCAAAUGAGUAUACUGAUCUCUAGUUUAUUACAUCAAUAAUAAUUGAUUCUAG